AUUAGAAUUAAAUGCUACCUCUUUUGCAGAGUAGGUGACAAGGGUUUGUGACAUGGAAUAGUGAUCGUUGUGGAUCUACUGUGAAGAGAUAGUUUGCUUGUUCUUAAGUUGUAUUAUCAAACAUUGAUUCAUUGGAUUAAUUUACAUGCUGUUUUGAGGGAAAAUCUUAAAUAUUCAUAUAAAAAGACCAAAUGGGUAUCCACCUGUGUAGGAGAAGUCACCUCCUCGUCCUAGUCCUUUGUAUAAGUUUUAUUUCUGUAUCUGCUAGAACAUGCUCAGACAACGUCGUAGGCGAUGAAGAUUCUCCUGCCUACGAUUUCAUUUCUGCUUUAAACUUUGAUGACCAUAAUACAAAACGAGGUAUCCGAACAGAAACAGGGUCAUCACCUCGACAAAAAGCAUAUAGGAUAUCACGUCGUACCGAUGCCGAUCUUCUGACCGUCUCUACGAGUCAAGUUUUUCCUGAUGGAUUCCCCGCGCAAUUUUCUUUUAUCUCAACUUAUAAAAUGGCUAGUAAAACUCGAAGUGAAACUUGGGACCUUGUUGACGUUCAGGAUAACAGAGGGGAAACUCAGUUUGCUAUUCGUUUGUAUGGAAAGGGGAGAGAAAUUCAAGUGAUUUACUUGAACAACUAUGGGAAGAUUUCCGUUGCUAAAUUCAACAAGAAAGAUGUCAGAAACGCUUUCCAGAAGAAGUGGCACAAAUUAAUCAUAGGUUUCACAGGGAAGAAAAUAACAUUAGUUCUUGAUUGUGAACAUACAUUUGUAUCUGCUUUAGACAGCACAAUGGGAAGAAUUGAUAACACAGGAAAUAUAGUCAUCGGACAAGCACAGAAAACAAGAACUGUUAUGUUUGAUUUACAAUGGAUGGUGAUUCACUGUGACUAUACUAAACCAUCUAGAGCUACAUGUAAUGAACUAAAUCCAGUGAAUUUUUGGGAUGGAUAUCAAGCAGAUAAGAGAGGGGAUACAGAUCCAGGAUGUGACAUGGUGUGCCCUGAAGGUCCACCCGGCAAAAAUGGAAUGGAUGGACUUCAAGGAACAAGAGGACCACCAGGUAUUCAAGGGCUGCCAGGAGAAGCAGGCUUUGAUGGACAACGUGGCCCUCGUGGACAGGAUGGCUCUGAUGGAAAGCCAGGAGCACAGGGGAUACCAGGUAGAGAUGGUAUAAAUGGAGCACAAGGGGAACCUGGAAAAGAUGGCACACCUGGAAUGGAUGGCUUACCGGGUGCAGAUGGAAUGGAGGGCAGAACAGGACCAGCCGGGCCUAAAGGAGUUACAGGCGAACGGGGACCACAUGGAUUGGCAGGUGCAAAUGGUAUUCCAGGAAAACCGGGAAAACAAGGUCAACCAGGAAAAAGCAUUAUUGGACCACAAGGACCACAGGGACCCGUUGGUAACGAAGGAAUUCCUGGUUUUAAUGGCUUACCUGGUGAAACUGGUUUGACAGGUGACAAAGGCGAAAAGGGCGACCCUGGAGAAAAAGGAGAGCAUGGAUCUCCAGGACCAAGAGGACUUGAGGGACCAGAAGGACCACAAGGAUUACAGGGUAUUCCAGGACCACCUGGUCCAUCGGUACCAGUUAUUCAAGGUGAACUGUCCAAUGCUAUACAACAAGCUCAGGGCCCAGCUGGUCCACCAGGCUUGAAUGGGCCUCAAGGACAACAAGGGAAACAGGGACCACAAGGUGAACAAGGCUUUCCAGGCGAACUUGGGUCUAAGGGUGAUAAAGGGGACCAAGGAACUGCGGGCACACCAGGAAAUCAUGGCUCACCGGGUGGCCCUGGAGUGAAUGGUCUACCCGGAAAAGAUGGAGAGCCAGGUUUAGAGGGAUUUCCAGGUUUAGACGGCGAUGCAGGAGAACCCGGUGAACCGGGCCUUUCGGGAAGAGAUGGACAGCCGGGUCAGAAAGGAGAUACUGGUCCAAUGGGUCCUGCAGGUCCACCUGGCCCAGCUACCUCAUUCUAUAGAACACAAAGAGAUUCACGAGGAUCACCAGGGCCAACAGGACCUUCUGGAGCACCGGGAACCAAAGGAGAAUCUGGAUUACCAGGUCAAUCAGGACCAGCAGGAGCAGACGGAAGACCCGGGGAACCAGGCCAUCCAGGUGCUAAUGGUGAAUCUGGCAGAGAAGGACCACCUGGGCUUGAAGGAGAGCGAGGACCAAUGGGUGAUCCAGGAGAACGUGGUUUACCUGGAGCUAUAGGAAAUAUCGGUGAGCCAGGUCUGCCAGGAAUGGAAGGAGAAAAGGGUGAUCAAGGCACUCCAGGACUUCCCGGGAUUCGAGGACCUUCAGGACCGGAUGGUAGGCCGGGGUCGAUGGGACCUAUGGGACCGAGUGGGCCUAUGGGACCUGUUGGGCAGCCUGGUAUAUCAGGUCCGCCGGGUCCUCCUGGUCCACCCGGCGAUAAGAUUGAUUGGACUGCUUUUAUUAGUCAUGCAGAUAAAGAUGUCGGUUUCCGUGGACCGCUCGGACCUCCUGGUCCAUCUGGUCAAUCCGGACCUCCAGGUGUGCCAGGUGUGAGAGGUCCAGGAGGAAGCCGUGGUCCAGCAGGAGGGCAAGGAGCUCCGGGGGUACCUGGUCUUUCUGGACCACCCGGUCAAAAUGGACCUACAGGAUUGAGGGGUCAAAAUGGUAUGCCAGGCAUGCCCGGAUUACCGGGUAAAAGUAUUCCAGAAAGUGAAAUAAAGGAGCUAUGCUACCAAUUAUUAAGAGAAAACUAUGAAGAGUUGGUUGCAGGUCUGAAAGGUCCACCGGGUCCUCCUGGAGUUGGUAUGACAGGGAAACAAGGUCCACCCGGCAGAGUUGGAGAACCGGGAGAAAAAGGACCCCCUGGUAUGACUGGUGAACGUGGACCAAUGGGAGUACCUGGUACUCCAGGAUCAUCAGGACCAUCAGGGCCUCCGGGACAACAGGGUCCCAUUGGAAAACGGGGUGAGACAGGCGUUGGAAGAGACGGAAGAAUGGGUGAAUCCGGAGCACCUGGUCCAGCUGGGCCGCCUGGUGAAGGCAUCCAGGGUAGACCAGGUGAACGGGGACCACCAGGUGUGCAUGGCGUGCCAGGCAGAAGAGGUCCUAUUGGGCCAUCAGGUCCUCCAGGCUAUUGUGAAUUUUGUAACUUUGCACCAGGCCAAACAGGAGGACCAGCGCCAGAAUAUAUACAACUUGGACGAAAUGAUAUCAAGAAACCUUAAAAACAUUAGAACAUUUUGGUCAAUAAUUGUGAUAUCUCCUGUAGCAUUGUCAAAACUAACGAAUCCCUUUUCUGCUUUUUCCAUUAGAGCAUGCAAAUUCUAUUUAUUAAGUGCUCGUUCUAAAAAAGUCAAAUUGUAGUUAUGUUUGAAAUAUAUAGCAUGGUUAGAAAACCUGUUUGUUGGAUGUUUUGCAUUUGAUCAGUUGGAUAUAUUAAUCUUUUACAUACUAUAUAUUAUCCCAUAUAAAUGUGUAUCAGUUAUUUAGCUUACCUCUCUUGCAUGUAGCUUGUUUUCAUUUUUUCUAGCAUACAAUGUUUUCCAUUUGAUAUUUGACAGUUUUGUAUGUUUUCCCCAAGCUACUAGUUGCAGCCAUAUUUUCAUUGCAUGCAUGUUGAACAUUAUAACAGUGAUAGAAAAGAUUGAUAUCAUUAUAAUCAUUAUCAGGCCAGUAUCACCAGCAAACCAGCAUGCUUUCACCAUGUAAAUCUCAGGGAUAAAAGAAAGCAGAAUACUGAAAACAAACCGACCUAUGUUUGAUACUGUUAGUGUCAAAAUAUAUGUCACUUAUGUAUGUCAUAUAUCAGAUUUUCAGUAUUCUCUAUGCAAGCCUAUGUUAGUAUUAUAUAGACAUGCUACAGGAAUUAGUUCUCGUGUUUUUAAGGACCCUAUGGGUAUCACAGGCACACAUUACUUUACAAAUUAAAAGCAUUGACUCUAAAUGGAAUUAUUCAUAUUCAUCACAAUUGUUUGAGCAUGUCUAUUAUGUGUGAUGUAUUCAUGUGGUUGUAAAAUGUUCUUACUGGAUUAUUUAAGAAUAUAUGAAUUAUGUUUUUUAUAUUUAUUACUUUCUAUUGUUUUGUUGUUUAUCUAAUGAAAGUGAAUAUUAUCAAUUACAAUCAAGGUUUUUAACACAAGCAGAAAAAUAAAUACUUUAUUUAUGUAAGGGGUCAAAACUGUUGUAUGAAAAAUUAAACAGAUUUGGGGGGAAACUCAUAGUGAAACGUACAGAUAAGAAAUGAACUUCAUUUUGCAUAUGAUAAACAAUGGUCAUUUAAUUAAAGAGGUGGACAUUUUUCUAUAGUUAUACUUGUUAUAAUUGUUAUAUUUUUGUAUUGUAUAUAUAGAUAAAAAAUAUUGCUUUUUACGUAUUUUUCUAAUAUAUUUGUUAGAUGUUUUGUACUUAUUUUCUACUAACAAUAAUGCAAUUUCUACUGUAGUUGGCUUAUUUAUAAAUUCGAAAGGUCGUAGAACCGAAUACGGUGUACUAGUAUUACAUUGAUGAUUCCAAAAUUGAAACUAAUAACAUGUAUUGUUUGCAAUCAAAUAGUUUCUGUUGAAUUAGUUUAUAUGAUUCAAGGCCAGUGAAUAAUUAACACCGAUUUUUGGUUAAUUUUUAUGUGUUUUUUACGAAAUUGAUCUUAGCAACUUUUAUCAAUAAAAAGCUUACAAAUACAA